AUUGAACGUGUCGCUGGAGUUAAAGAAAAAAAUGCUAUUAUCCUUUAUAUAUAAUUUUGCCGUUAUAAUUUUAACCGCGCUACAAUUAGUUGCACCGUUACAGGCGAGAGUUAUAAGCGAUUGCAACAGCGUUGCAUUGGAAACAACGGAAUAUAUACAAAAUUCUAAUACAGCAUGCAAUUCCCGUUACCCAUAUAUUUACUGUAACGGCGAAGCGUCGGCUUACUGUACACAAGAUGAAUGUUUGGAAGAUUACCAGUGUGAGAACGAAGAUUUAAGUGAAUUAUCAAAAGGGGAGCAGGUGUCAGCAACAACCGCUGAGCCCACAGUAGUAAUAACGGAGAGUACGACAACGACACCUAAAACAACAACAAUAGUAACAACUACUACCACGCAGAGUACAACUAGUACCGGRCAACAAACAGCGAAGGUGACACCAACAACAACAGCUACUACUCUAAAUAUCUCAACCGCAAUAAAACCUCUACUUGCGAGUACAACAACAAUAGUUGCACAAAAUAUCAAAAGACUUUGCCGUGCGGGUGUCUUCGCGAAUUAUGCCUAUUCAAGGAAUUGCCGUUACUACUAUCGUUGCACGAACGGUUAUUUCUUAUUACAGGAGUGUGGCUAUUUAAUGCUCUUCGAUGCGUAUGAUGGUUACUGUAAGAGCGCCACAGAGGCGCGCUGUAUAAACCGGCUGAUAAGUGUUUAAUAUUGAUUCAAAUAAAAGGUCUGACUAGAAACCGCGAUAAGGAUCUAACUGUUACGGUCUUUCAAGAUUUUCAAACAUGACUUUGAGUGUAUAAAAGAGGGUAUUGGUUAACGGA